CAAGCGCGUAUACGAAAGCAGCAGCAGCAGCAGAACAGUACCAGUGGUGGAGUUGUAGGCAGUGGCAGACAGACAGCAAGCAGUUUGUGGGAAGAGUCAUCAGCAAAAGUGAAAAUUUUCAUUCGUCUUGAGGUCCCGUUUGUCAGCAGUAAGCAGCCCAAAUUUGCAUGUUCGGUUUGAAGAAAAAAAGACAAGUUUCGUCGCGCAAGUGGUUUGUCUUCGCUAGGAGAUUUGGCUUUUGUUUUUGCUAUCGGGAAUGUGCAAUAAUUUUCGGCUGGCUAUAAUGUGCAAAGCAUAAAGUGGAAGGAGGAUUGCGUGUUGAGGAAAAGUUUCGCUUUUGAGCCAUCAUCACGAGUGGUGAGGGGUGUGUUGGCUGCAAAAAAAAAGUGCAGAAGAAAGAGCUUCAGGUAAAGUGCAUUUCGGCCACGGCAAUAAAGGGAAAUUCGAAACAAUUUCCAGUGAUAAGUUAGGGUAAAAUUUGUACAGGCUUUUCGGGGCACAAUAGUUCUCGCGAGUUUGAGUGUUCUGUGAGAUUUCCAGCAGGAAAUUUUUUUGGAAAAUGUGCGAAAACAGCAAUGCUUAGUAGCUUUGCAGCAUAGCUUAAAUUUUGUGUACAAUGGUUUCGCUAUUCGAUUGAUUUUUUCAUCGCUGACUAGCUUCCACAUCAGCUGCUGUAGUUGGAUUACCGUUUAGCAGAAAGAAAAAAAAGAAAAACAAACGCAACCCCGGACAGAAGAAACCUUUAGUGGCAGCAGCAGCAACAGCAACAAUAACACAAAGUGUGAAGCAAACAGUUGAAGAAGAGCCAGUUUCUCUUCAUUAAAAAUCUAUUUCUAUAGAUUUUGUAUGUACCUAUUGAGUGUUGAAAUAUGAAAUCUACAGCAUUUUAGCACCAGAACACACUCAACAAAAACAUCACGCUGAAAAGGGCUGAAAACGGGCAGAAAACCAGUCAUCCACCGAAUUCCAGCAACACCUGAACAACCGGAAACUAUAACCCACGCCACAUUUCUUCUACCGCCGUCACAACAAAGAACACCCGCCCCCCAGUUUGUACUACGAGGCGGUUCGCACUAUAGUAAUCUCAUCUUGUCGCCUCAAUCCCGAUAAAGAUAAAAGCACAAACGCUUCAUCGCACCCGCCAACCCCUCCUUCGAAAGAGCACGCUGAAAGCGAAGAAAGUUUUUCUCCCUAGUUAACAUAUAGUGCAAAAAAACUUUGCACUCAUCAAGUCGACUGCAGCAGAAACAUCAGCCGACAGCCGCGAGAAAAUCCGCGCCGGAAGCUAUAACCACUAACAUCAGCAUCACAGAGCUGGCUAUUUGUCCACGGCCACACACACUCGCGCACGACCUCUCGCGGCAGAGAACUUAUCGCUCUCGCACUGAUCCCGGUUUGCGAGUGAUUUGAGUUGUUUUUUCUCACACUAUCCGGUAUUAUUUAUUUUGUACGUUCUUUUUUUUUCUUCAUCGCUGUGUGUUGUACACAAAACACAUGUACUAUCGUACUGCUUACACUAGUUCUAAACUGCCGUCGGUGCUUUGUUGCGUUUUUUACGCCUACGAUCGAAGUAUUAUUUUGAAGAAACUUAAUCAGCCCUAGUUUAGGACAGAAUUAUUCUAUUUAUUAUCUACAUAUAAGUGUCAAAAGUAUUUCACGUUGUUCGUUCAAAGCACGAACUCUAAUGGAUGGUUGAGCAAAAUUAGCAUUUGACGAGCCAUCUGUGUUAAUAUACUACAUUCCCCACCUGUUUACCUCCGUGUACGUGUGUAUGUUUGUGUUUGUCCGGUGUCCGUUUCCAUUUGGGACCCUGCCUCCACGGGAUACCAAUCAUCCCUCAAUCCUUCAUUUAAUGCUACACUGAACACCUGUCCGAUCGAGCCACAGGCUACCUGCGAGUGGCCCAGUUCCCAUCUGCCAAGAUCCCACCGCGGUUUGAAGUAGCUAGCUAGUAUGACAUUGACGGUGUCGGAAUCGGACGGCAAUAAUCUUCGCACUAACCACAACCAUCAACCGACGGAUAUGACCGAAUCUCUACCUAGUUCUGAACUCUCCCUGUUAGCAAAACUGGAGGCCGCCAACAAGCUGAUCGAGAGCGACUCCAAGAGUCUCAACUCGCUGCAGAGUUCCGCCCACAGCAGGAAAAGCUCCGACACGAGUCAAAUUUCGCUCAACUCGGGUGCCUCCUCCGUUGGGGAGGAGGACAUUUGGUCAACAUGGGCUAGCAUUGUGGCCGACUGGGAGGCAGGUCAGAGGCGGAAAACUCCCACCGUCAAGGAGCUGGUUCGUAAGGGUAUACCGCACCAUUUCCGAGCGAUCGUGUGGCAGCUGCUGUGCGGAGCGUCGGAGGCGGACAAAAAGCAGUACGCAGAAUAUAUCAAGGCGACCAGUGCGUGCGAAAAGGUAAUCCGGAGGGACAUUGCCCGCACCUAUCCGGAGCACGAUUUCUUCAAGGAGAAGGACGGUCUCGGUCAGGAGGCGCUGUUCAAUGUGAUGAAGGCAUACUCGCUGCAUGACCGCGAGGUAGGCUACUGCCAGGGAUCAGGUUUCAUCGUCGGUUUGCUGCUGAUGCAGAUGCCAGAGGAGGAUGCCUUCUCCGUGUUGGUUCAAAUCAUGCAGCAGUACCGCAUGCGAGACAUGUUCAAGCCCUCGAUGGCGGAACUGGGUCUCUGCAUGUACCAGUUGGAGAACAUUGUCCAGGAGCAAAUCCCCGAGCUGCAUUUGCACUUUCAGUCACAGAGUUUCCAAACUUCGAUGUACGCCUCCAGCUGGUUCCUAACGCUGUACACGACUGCCCUAAAUCUGACACUCAGUUGUCGAAUAAUGGAUGUCUUCCUGUCGGAGGGGAUGGAGUUUAUCUUCAAAGUCGCCAUCGCUUUGCUGCUGAUAGGAAAGGAUACCCUCCUAUCGUUAGACAUGGAAGCAAUGCUGAAGUACUUCCAAAAAGAACUUCCCCAGAAGGUGGAGAACGAUAGCGACGGUCUGUUCAAUUUAGCAUUCCAGGUGAAGAUUAACACUAAGAAGAUGAAGAAAAUGGAAAAGGAAUAUGCCGACUUACGGAAAAAGGAACAGGAGGAGAUGGUUGAACUGAGGCGAUUACGAAGUGAAAACCGACUGCUGAAAAAGCGCAACGAAUUGUUGGAGGCUGAAAGCGCUGAGCUGGCCGAUCGGCUAGUGCGUGGUCAGGUAUCGCGUGCCGAGGAGGAGGAAACCAGCUACGCCAUACAGUCGGAACUGUUGGCCCUGCGGCGAGUUCAUCUGGAGGUUUCGCACCAACUUGAGAACGCCAACGAAGAGGUGCGAGCACUCAGCCUACGGCUUCAGGAAAAUACUGCGGAUAACUCCCUGGAAUCUAACAAUUCCCGCCAGAACUCCUUCGACGAGUUGAUCAUGAAGGAAGAGGCCCUGAAGCAGCGCGACGAAAUGGUAUCUUGCCUGCUGGAGGAGCUGGUCAAAGUGCGCCAGAGUCUAGCCGAAAGCGAAGAUGUGAUACGAAACCUAAAGACUAAAAUCCAGGAAUUGGAGGAAGACAAGAAGCGCCUCCGGGAAACGACCAUCGACAACUCGGUGGCCCAUCUACAGGAUGAAUUGAUAGCGAGUAAGUUGCGAGAAGCGGAGGCCAGUCUCUCGCUGAAGGAUCUCAAACAACGUGUGCAGGAGCUGAGCACCCAAUGGCAGCGUCAGUUGUCUGAACAGCGCAACGAGGCGGCACAAAGUAGCGAAUCUGGGGCGAAAAAACUUCUAUUCUGGGAAUCAUCACGAACGCAGGACAUGCAGAAGCUGGAAGAGGAACUGAUGACUACUCGGAUACGAGAGAUGGAAACGCUGACCGAGCUGAAGGAGCUCCGGUUGAAGGUUAUGGAAUUAGAGACGCAGGUUCAGGUUUCGACAAAUCAGUUGCGACGACAGGAUGAGGAAUCGAAGCGGGUUAAAGAAGAACUGGAAGAAGCUCUGAUCCGCGAGAGAGAACUAUCCAAUAAGGCACGGGAACAGCAGCAUCGGUAUUCUGAUCUGGAAUCUCGCAUGAAAGAUGAACUGAUGAACGUGAAAAUUAAAUUCACUGAACAAAGUCAAACCGUAGCCGAACUGAAGCAAGAGAUUUCCCGACUCGAGACGAAGAACUCGGAAAUGCUCGCUGAAGGUGAACUUCGCUCUAACCUGGACGAAUCCGAUCGGGUUCGUGAUCUGCAAGAUAAGGUAGCCGAGCUGAAGGCCGAGCUGACGGCGCUCAAAUGCCGCGGGACGCCGCUGAACCUGCGAAUGAUCAAAAGUACCUCGAUUCAGUCGAUUGACUCCACCAACGAGAUCGAUUUCAGCGAAAUGCAACUCUCCCGCAAGGACAUCGGUGGGGGCGCUAGUGGCAUCGGAGUAGGACUGGUCAACAGUGCUGUUAUCACAGCUUCCUCGGCAUCUUCGUCGUCCUCGUGAAGUUUGUGGUGGAUGAUGACAACGAUGCCGGGGAGAGUAGCCGUAGUUCUGGUAUAUACAGAAGAGAAGCAUUGCUAUAAGAAGCAUUUGCACGUGCACACACACACAUAGACACACAUACCAACGCAAACGCUAGAACAUUUGGAAAACUAUACAUACGAAAGUCUCUCAUGUGUAUUCUAGUAGAUGAAACAAGCAAAAUCGUGCUAGUUUUUUAUUUAUAACAGUACUACUAUUUAGUAUUUAAAAGUUGUACCGGAAGUAGGAGAUGGAUGAGUACGACUGAUUAACCUACUACAAGACGCUGUUCUUAUGAUUUAUGUAUGAAAUUUGGUUUAUUUUGUAUGUUUUGUUUUUUUUUUAUUAAGAAAAAAAAAGUUGCUAAUCAAUAGCCACUAAUCUCGCGGACAGGAGAAGCAGAAGCUCUAAGCGCUAACGUGCAAGUCAGGCUGGAAGACAGUAAAAAAUAGGCAAUCUAUACACGUUACUAUUAUAUCUAUUAUGUAUUUCGUUGGUUUUUUGUAUUAGUUUAUUUUUUUUGCAUUGUACAUUUUUAUUUAGAACAUUUAAAAUGAAGAGAAGUUUAUUGAAAAGUGAGAGUUUAACUGUCAUAUAUUGUUUGUUGCACAACGGAGAGGAAAUAUUUGUCCAUUUAUCUGAAAAAAAAUAGUUUAUAUUUCUUAUGUAUACAAAACAGCAAUGCUUGCUCUAUUCCAAAUGAAGCAAUGCACUGGAAAUAGAAAAAAACUAUGCUCAGUUAUUUUGUUCAAUUAGUAUACUUUAUUUUAGUUCAGUCGAGCAGCGUGAGUCACGUUUCUACUAAUCAAAAUGACGGUAUUAUGUACUACAGUACUUUACUACUGCCGCGUGCGACACAGACGAAGAAGGUAACCGUAGGUCAUGUGUGUGUUCGCUUAAUUAGGUUUCUAAUUUGAACGAAUAGUAGCUUUGACUAUAUCCAGUCCUAAAGCAAAUAGCAAAAAUUAUAAUCACGUUAAAAAUUGUGCGUAAUUCAACCAUACUUAACUACCAAGCAGUGUUAGUCGUUCUAAAUUACCCGUCGCGCUACGCGCUGAUCGUUUUUUUUGCUAGAGAAUAUCUGAUCUAUUAAUUCUAGUAUGCGUGAAUCAAACAAAAAUCUGGUUUAAACAUUACUAUGUGGAUCAUCCACUGGGAAGCGUGUAAGAACACAAGAGACAACCAAUGCGGGUCUUAAAUUAACACGUACGCCGGAUGCUAACCUCUAGUUAUGAAAAACGUAACACAAUACAUUAACCAACAAAGGAAAGAGAAAGUGAUGCUGGAAAAUAAGGUGCCAAAACGAUGAUUCAAGUUUAAUUUCAAAAACCUUUUUGAUUCCUAUGCACACACCGCCGCACAAUAAUACACAAGAAACACUUAAUUAGUAGUGAAAGGAAAACUGAACGUUUCGUCGAAAUCCGCAGCAAAUCCACCAACCUAAUCGUUUGUUGUUUGAUAUUCGCAAAAAAAAAAAAAAUAUUGAAACCAUCUAAGUGAUAAUUUUUAUUAGUCAUUAAUCAAAAAAGAGUAUUGUUUUGCUGUUUUCCUUAUAAAUUAAAAAAAAAUCUAACGCAUAUUCAUAUAUUUACACUCACUAAGCGAAUAAUUGGUUUUAUCUUCCCUGUCUAAAAGCGCAGUGUGAGAAAAAUUAUAGAUAUAAUGAAAGUAAAAAAAAAAUACUCAACGCAAAUUUCAUUAACAACUCGAGACUUUCCUCUGGUUGUGUUUUCAAAAUGUGCAAAGUUAAUACGAUUAGAUUGAGUUAUCUGUGAAGCAAAAAAGAAAAACAUAAUCACAAUUACCAAAAUAACCCAUAGAUUUGCGUAGACGUACUUAAAACAUUACCUAACCGGACGUGGCAGAAAAAAGGGCAUGCCACCUACACACAACUGUUUCAUUCCAAUCAUGCAUCUUCCACGAUAGUGGAAAAGAAGGGACAACUACAAACACACAGGGUCAACUUUUCUAUAUCAAAACGUGUAGUAGGUACGACGACGCCAGUCGAGCGAAAUUUUAUCAGAAUACAGCAUGCUGAACAUUUACAGAACGUACGCGUUACAAGUUGAAAUUUUUACCCGUACGUUUCUGUGAAUGGGAAGGUGUGAUUAGAAGAAAAAGCUUCCAGGCGAGAUUGUCGAACGAAUUUUAACGAUGAAUCAUGAGAAAGACACCGAAUUGUGUACCGCACGGCACGUAUGAGAAAACAAAAACAGAAAAAAAUUAGCAACAAAAUAAACGUCUUUAAAACGA